AUGGACGAUACCUUCACGCUGUAUGAUCUGAAGGUCGAGGUCGUUUGUCCACCGGGGAAGAAAAUAUAUUGCGGGGCCAAGGAGGGAGAUCACUUCAUCUUGAGAGGGGAAAUGCUUCACUUGCCAAAUGACCAAGGAUUUAGCAUAUACAGUCUGGCUGCGGUGCUUCCGCUGCUGGCAGCAAAACAACGCGUAUCCCAUGCGAACGACUGGAUGUCAUCCGACGCACUGGUCGCUUGCCCCGAUCCCAAUUGCGCGUCUCAAUUGAGGAUCACCCGAAUUGGAAGACGGCAGUUCAGUCACGCCGAGACGACAGCAGUGCCUUUGCCUGGCAGUGGAUGA